CUGGUUGCUUUUUAUAUUAUGCAGUUUGGAAUUCUGUGAAAUUUUCUUCGGAUUGUGAUUUGGAUGAUGUGUAUCUCGAAUGUAGAUGAUCUCGUCUUCUACGACGCGAUCGAGAGUUUUUAUUUCCACUUCGCACUCAAAUUAAUUCUACCUGUUUGAUAUUCUCUGUUUGCUUAUCGGAGAGUGAGCAAUCUCGCAUUUCCACCAUCACUGUAAAAUUGUCAUGUUUCCAACGGCAUACAUCAUCAUUUUUCUGGUAUUAAAAGUUGAACCAUGCAGAAAUGUUAAUACAAAAAAGCAGGCGAGGUGAUAGCUAGUGGAGACAAUUUGAUUAGCUUUUCUGGAGUAAUUGUAGCUGACUGAAAACAUGAGCUGUGGAUGCUUUGGUGCGUCAUCCUUGCUCCGGAAGAGUAGCGAGUCUAGCGACAAAAACGUUCAUAACUCCAAACAAGAUCAAGAAGCAAUCAUCGUCACAAGGACGAGAACUUUCUCAUUUGAUGAAUUGCGUGUAGCAACAAACAACUUCAAUAUGAGUAACAAAAUAGGACGAGGAGGUUUUGGUAUAGUUUACAAGGGAAUUCUGAAAAAUGGAAUGGUAGUUGCAGUGAAGAUGCUCUCUGCUGAGUCAAAGCAGGGAGAGCGUGAAUUUUUAACAGAGAUUGAGACUAUUUCUAAUGUCAAACACCCGAACCUAGUUCAGUUACUUGGGUGCUGUGUUCAUGGACGUGACCAGAUUUUGGUGUAUGAAUAUUUAGUAAAUAACAGUAUUGAUCGUGCAUUGCUAGGUCCAACGAGAUCUGUAAAACUUGAUUGGGGGAGAAGGUCUGCCAUCUGCUUGGGUACCGCCAGAGGGCUUGAAUUCCUUCACGAACAACUCGUGCCUCGCAUCGUGCAUAGAGACAUCAAAGGUAGCAAUAUUCUUUUGGACGCGGACUUCCAACCAAAAAUUGGAGACUUUGGAUUGGCUAAACUUUUCCCGGACAAUAUAUCCCACAUUACCACAAAAAUAGCAGGAACGACAGGUUACCUUGCUCCUGAAUAUGCAUUAGGUGGUCGUUUGACAGUGAAGGCCGAUGUCUAUAGCUAUGGGAUUCUUACACUCGAAGUUGUAAGUGGCAGAACUUGGGAGAAUGCUGAUCACGGAGGCGCUCAAAAGUUGCUAGCUGAAUGGGCAUGGGAGCUAUAUCAAGAAGCGAAACUGCUGGAUCUGGUUGACCCCGAACUGGAAGAAUUUCCGGAGAAGGAGGUUCUGAGGUACGUGAAAGUUGCCCUCUUCUGUACCCAAGCAGCCGCAAGCAGAAGGCCAUUGAUGAGCCAGGUGAUAGAGAUGCUCUCAAGAAAUGUUCGACUCAAUGUGAAUGAACUCACACCUCCGGGUUUCUUCGAUGAUUCAGCAAGUCUUAAUGGUGGAUCAGCAAAGGUUAAGUUAUCUGGCGCUUCAACCAGUUAUCAGAUGAACUCUUUUGCCUCCACAAUCACUCAGGUGACCCCAAGAUGAGGUUGGAUUCUACUUCCUUCAAUACACCUUCUCCUUCAUUUUCUUAUUUGUAAAGUGACCCAAUACCAAUAUAUGUUGAUUCGUUUCUACUCUAUUACAAAAUAAAAUAUGCCAGUAUAUGGGCUUCAAAUUCGGUAUCUAAUUGGAUAUGUAGACCAUCUGAUGAAUCUCAACCAACGGAGAUGAUUUGUGUGUAAA